GUCUCCAUACACAUGUCACACUAAUAUGUAAACACAGAGUGUAAGCAUCACAUGCUUAUUUUCAUGAUUAGCACCAUAGAACUUCCCUUAUUAGAGAACCCAAAUUCGCUCUCCUGCUCGGCCGCAUCCCUCACCCUCAAAGCCUUAACCUCUUCAUCACCGUCUCAUCAUCGCCGCGGUCUUCUCCCGUCGUCAUUGCGCCUCCUGCUUCUCCACGCUGCCGAGCUCGUUGUCGCCGCCGACUGCUCCGUCUCCUGCAACAGCGUCGCCGCCGCCGUCCACCUCCUCCAUUUCAAGUUUCAAGGCAUAAAAUUCUGACAUGGAUCCAAAACCCAAAGACCCUUAUUAUUAUGUGCCUGGAGUCAUGAAGGUCGCCAGUGGACUAUAUGACAAAGAUAUCCAAAUCCCUGACCCUUCUUAUUAUGUGCCCGAACUUAUGAAGGGCCCCGCCAGUGGACUAUAUGACAAAGAUAUCCAAAUCCCUGACCGGUACCAUUUAAAAUCUCCUCCUAGUUCACAUACUCGUGAGCCAACUGUAGCCGAGAAUCAAUUUGAAUUGAAACUGACGCAUCCUUACCAUGUAUUGGCAAUGGAUCAUUAUAACAAAAGCAUAGAUAAUAAGGAAGAGGAGUAUGAGAUUUUAAGUUUGGUCAGUAUGGGCAAGACCAGGAUAAUGUGCUUCGGUUACCUUGGUUUUCUUCAUCACCUCUUCUGGAAGGCUGUGCCUAAAAAUUCCCCUUCGACAGCCGAGCCUAGAAUUUUCUAUGCUCGAGUUCAUGAGUUUGAGGAGAUUCAUAUAUCAUUUUGUGGCUUUUAUAGCGAUUCUAUUGAUGACUCGGAGAGCUGUGAGAUUUGCGGUCUCAAGAAUUAUGAUGAAUUCUGGAAGAAAGCAAAAGAAUUGCUGGAUAAAGUAGAAGAGAAAGCAAAGGCAAUUCAUAACGAUGGAUAUUUGUUUCGUCCAAUUAAUUUUAGCGCCAUGUACCAAUCUUCCCAUGGAGACAAACAAAUGUAAGCAACAACUACUAUUUAUUAUUUGUCUUAUUUUUUCUGUUUUUUUUUUAAGUUUAUAUUUAUUUAUUUAUUUUAUUCUCUUUGGAAUUUUCCAACAAUGGUACUACAAUGUUACUAGGAAGCUCUUUCUAACCUUGUAUAAAGCCAAUUUAUUAUAUAUUAAACUACACUAUUUAGUCCAAGAUGUCGUGAAACUUGCAUAUAUUGAAGAAUAGAUUGUCUAUCAAACUUGCCUUCGGUUCAUUGGCCAUCGAUUCAUUGCUUGUCGGUAUUUGGAACUCCAAACUUGAUAGCAAGUUUUGCAAUAAGACUCUUCUCCCACAACUUUAGGAUAGCAGAAGCUAAACCUUGAAGUCUUCUGUUCCUUCCUUGAUAGUUCAUAUUAAACACAAAAUGAUUUAAUUGACUUUAUGCACAAAGGGAUAACCAUGAAAGUUGUUCUGAAUAUACCAAGGAUAAAAUGGACUGGCAAAAGGUUUAGCAAGCUUCCCGAAGUAUGUUAAUCCUUAAUCAGUCUCCCUGUCUUGCAAUAAU